AUGGCACAAUCACGACUUAAUUUGAUCGAAGAAACGGCGCGAGGUUUGGAAGCCAUGCGUCUCGACAGCUCUGUUUCUCAUGGCGCCGUCACCGCUUCGGUCGCAAGGCUCCUUGACAGAGCGGAGCUUCCGAGGAUGAUUUGGGACACCGCGUUGCGCGCGUACACCCACCGGCGCAGAGAAUAUCACGUGGCAGACGUUUCGGGUCCUGCUGCCAUAAAUGAGGCAGGUGACAAGAUCGCCUUGCACAACGUGCUGGAGCAGGUCAUUGAUCUCUUUGGUCAGCGUGACCGGUUCCGCGUCAAGGGUGAAUUCGUCACGGACGAUCGCAAGAAGGCCCGCGCCGAUUUGGUUAUGCAGGAUGAGGACGGUAAUAUAUUGCUUAUAGUGGAGCUAAAGAACAUCAGCGUUCAUUAUCUGGUUCACUUAGCCCUGGAAAAGGAGUUCGCAGAACAGGUAAUGAGGAAGGCGCUGGUAAAACUUGAGUAUUACCACUACAACUCCAAUGAAUCUCGCCGGAAUAAGGAAGAGGAAUUCGUUACAUCGGAGACCGCUCCUAGCUGGGACGAAUUUGAGUCGUGGUACCGCAUUGCGAAGUUUGGAAACAGCCAUUCUAGCAUUUCAGCUGGAGGGAUGGAGCAUGUCGGCGGUGGCGGCGGCAGCAGCAGGAGCAGCAAGAAAAAUACUGAUUUCCAGGCCAUUAAGGACAUCAUUUCUGCUGCAUGGAAGCAACUCAAGGUUUAUUCUGAGGGGGAAAGAGCCGAGGCGAGAGGGGUAAGUGACGCACUGAAGGUGGUGCUCAUCACAGUUGGGCCGUUUGUAUACACGUCUAGCAUUUGA